AUGGGCCAUGGCAUAGAAUCGGAUAUGUCGUCUCGUGGUGACCUCAAGCAAACUUCCAUAUCUGACUCAACGACGGAUUUUGAAGACGACGGGCAAAAAAGAUUGGAGUUUUAUGGUCAAUCAACAAAGAUGCCAUCGGAGAGAAAUGCACUCGGCUUGUCAAGCCCAAUCAUUUAUCAUUAUCUAACAUUCGAAACAUCAAUUCCAUCACCAACGGGCAACAUUUCAUCCACGAAUUCUUCGGCAACAGAACCGCCAAGGCCAAACUUAAAGAAGUUUACUUCACCAUUCGACUGGGCAGAAAGCCGCAAACAAUUCACCGUCUUCCUUUCUUGUGUAGCUACUUUGGUCACAGCCUUCACCGCCGGUGCAUAUUCUCCAGCUGUCAAGCAGAUGUCCGCACUUUGGCACGUUUCUGACGUUGCGAUUCUGGUUGGCAUCACAACUUUCUGUUUUGGUUUUGCUAUUGCUCCUAUGGUUCUAGCUCCCUUUUCUGAGUUGAAUGGACGGAAGCCAAUCUUCAUAGCUUCAGGCUUGCUAUUCUUCAUCACCCAGCUUUGCUGUGCUGUGACUCGAUCUUAUCCGGGCAUGCUCGUUGCCAGAUUCUUUGUUGGCUGUGGAAGUUCCGUGUUUUCAACAAUGGUUGGUGGGGUCAUCAGCGACAUUCAUCAUAAGGAGGGUCGAAACACAUCUAUGGCCUUAUUCUCUGGUUCAGCACUUUUCGGCACUGGCUUAGGGCCAUUGGCCAUAACACUCUUUUUCCCAGAAACGAGAGGUAGUAUACUGUUGAGCAGGAAAGCACAGUGUUUGAACAAGUGGUACGAAGAUCGAGAGCAGGCAGGCUUUUUUGGCAUUGACAUGCAGAUGUCGACAUCACAUGAGAAAUUUGAGUCGCAGCGAAUCAGAUGGAAGGUUAAGGCUGAUGAAGAACGACAAUCCCUCUCUCAAAUGGUUAAAAUUUCUGUAUACCGCCCAUUCCAUCUUCUGUUCACAGAGUCGGUGUGGUUCAAUCCCUCUGGUAUUUGA